GUCGCCGUCAUGGCCGAGGCGGAGGCGCUGAGGCAGCAGGCCGACACCGUGCGGCGCCUGAAGCAGGACAAGGCCAGCCCCGAGGCGAUUGCUGAGCAAGUGGCAAAGCUCCUGGAGAUGAAGGCAGCAAUCUGCCCCGAGGAAGGGAAGCACAAGUUCGUCCUCAAGACUCCCAAGGGUACCAGGGACUACAGCCCCAAGCAGAUGGCCAUCCGAGAGAAAGUCUUCAACAUCAUUAUCCACUGUUUCAAGCGCCACGGAGCUGAGACAAUAGACACCCCAGUAUUUGAACUCAAGGAAACUUUGACAGGGAAGUAUGGCGAGGACUCCAAGCUCAUCUAUGACCUGAAGGACCAGGGUGGAGAGCUGCUUUCCCUUCGUUACGACUUGACUGUGCCAUUCGCUCGUUAUUUGGCUAUGAAUAAGAUCACCAAUAUUAAACGCUACCAUAUAGCCAAGGUCUACAGGCGAGACAACCCAGCCAUGACGAGGGGCCGCUACCGAGAGUUCUACCAGUGUGAUUUUGACAUUGCCGGUCAGUAUGAUCCCAUGAUUCCUGAUGCUGAGUGUCUGAAGAUUGUGCAUGAGAUCCUGAGCGCCCUGCAGCUGGGAGAUUUUCUCAUCAAGGUCAAUGACCGCCGCAUCCUCGAUGGGAUGUUUGCUGUUUGUGGGGUCCCAGACAGCAAGUUUCGAACCAUUUGCUCCACUGUGGACAAGCUAGACAAGAUGACUUGGGAGGACGUGAAGAGCGAGAUGGUCGGGGAGAAGGGGCUGUCACCAGAGGUGGCAGAUCAUAUCGGAGAAUACGUCCGGCUCCACGGUGGGCUGAGCCUGAUCGAAGAGCUGCUGCAGGAUCCCAAGUUGUCCCAGAACAAGCUGGCCAGAGAAGGCCUCGGGGACAUGAAGCUUCUCUUUGAGUAUCUGAUCCUUUUUGGCAUCUCGGCUCAAAUUUCCUUCGACCUGAGCCUGGCUCGCGGCCUGGAUUACUACACCGGAGUGAUCUAUGAGGCCAUCCUGAUCCAGCCGCAGAACGACCACAUGGAGGAGUCCGUUGGCGUGGGUAGCGUGGCCGGAGGGGGCCGCUAUGACGGGCUGGUGGGCAUGUUCGACCCCAAGGGGCGGAAGGUGCCCUGCGUGGGAGUCAGCAUCGGCAUCGAGCGCAUCUUCUCUAUUAUGGAGCAGAAGGCAGAGGCUUCUGAGGAGAAGAUCCGGACAACAGAAACGCAGGUGCUGGUGGCCUCUGCUCAGAAGAAGCUCCUGGAAGAGAGGCUGAAGCUUGUCUCUGAGCUGUGGGAUUCCGGGAUCAAGGCAGAGAUGCUUUAUAAGAAGAACCCUAAGCUGUUGAACCAGCUGCAGUACUGUGAGGAGACGGGCAUCCCGCUUGUGGCCAUCCUCGGGGAGCAAGAACUGAAGGACGGAGUGGUCAAGCUGCGAGAUGUCGCCACGAGAGAGGAGGUGGAUAUUUGCAGAGGAAAUCUUGUGGAGGAAAUCAAGAUGCGGACGUGUCUAUCCUAGAGAACUUCCUGCCAUCCACGCUGGAAAGGUUUCCUCAAUUCCCUUUGGAGAACUGCGGAGUCCUUCAUCAAAAGGCCAAGCCAG